AUGGCGAAAAAAAAACUCUCCCGACGUUGGCCCAACAAGAUGGCAACGUUGAUAGCGAGUUUCAGUUCCAGCCUGACUGGAGCUGGUUGGUCCAAGUCGCUCCAACCUUGUUGGUUCAACGUUGGGCUAAUGGAGAGACCGACCGUCGGUUCAACCUCCGUCAACCAUCGACUCCCGAUGCAAACGUUGGCCCAACCGAGUAUGUCGGUUGUGACACCCAGCGUCCAACCCAAGGAUGGUUGGGCAAACGGUAAUGGGUGGCCUCCGUUGGCUGGGCCCUUGUCCAACCGUUCCCCCAACCUCACCGUUGGGUCUGAGUUGCGCGAACGGUCAGCUACCUCCUAUGUUGGUUCUACCAGCACCGAUCACAAGAAGUGA